AUAACGAGCAUUCACUGUUAUCCACUAACUGGCGGAUCGUGCCCUGAUAUCAUCAUCGGCAAAGAGGAUGGUCUUAUCGAGAUUUAUACAGUAGAUGAUUCUGAUCAAGCCACUUUCUACAAGAGUUAUCAGUGUGAAGAGUGCGUUGUUAGCGUACAGUGCGGUCGUGUAUCGUCAGCAAGUUUUGAUGAAAUUGUUGUUUGUACCUAUACCGGAUGGGUCUUUGCGCUUACCACUGAACCCGUCUCAAAACCACGAGCUGAUGCAUUCUCAGCUCUGUCACCUCAGAUUGAAGUCAAAGUUCAACAGCUCAGGAAUGAGCUCGAAGAACUGGAGCAAAAAGUUGUGGAGGAACGGCAGCGAUAUCACGAGUUAACACUACAGGACCAAAGCGGCGCCACAUCAAUGAUACCACGUUUUGCGAUCCAAGACCAGUGCAAACUGGAUAGAGACCUUGCCUGUUAUGCAAUCGUCAUUGAACUCAUCGUCCCGAUAGAUUACAUUUUGCUUCAGAGUGACGUAGCUGUGGAACUGCUGGAUGUGGAGAAGAAUUCGGCGUCGAAGAAUGCCCUGCUUGCAACUUAUCGCUGUCAGUCGAGCACAACACGGAUCGAAAUUCGUAUUCGCUCAAUUGAAGGCCAGUACGGCAGUCUACUGGCUUACAUCUGUCCAAAAAUACAUCCAAAAAUGUGUCAGGUUCGAACAUACGAAAUUAAGCCACUGUCAUUGCAUGAACGUGUGCAUCAGUUCGAUUCAUCCAGACCACUGAGCACACUUCGAAUCACGGGCAAUUUCACGGUGGCUGAGGCACACCAAUGGUUGUGCUUUUUGGUAUCGGAAGUACCGGAUCGUGUGCCACCACAGGAUUCCAUCACUUUCAAUUUUGCUUCAGUUUUCGUGGGCACACAAAUGCAAGCCAGUUAUAGGUUAGCCAUUUGAAC